AUGCGCUGGCCCAGCGUCUGCGGCCUCGUGGCCGUCACCGCUGCGUCGACGACCGCCGGCCUCGAUCGCCUUGGCCUCGGCGCGAGGAACCUCUCGCUCUCGGUGCUCGAGAUCACGACGUCCGUCGCCAAGGAGGCGCGGAGCGUGUACGUCGCGCCCUCGCUCUUUGGCCCGACCCUGCCCGCCGCCGUGACGGCCACGUCGUACCACGCGCUCACGCUCGGCGCACCGCUGCUUGGCUGCUCGCCGCUCACCAACAACGUCACGGGCGCGGCCGUGCUCCUUGACCGCGGUGUCUGCGCCUUUGACGUCAAGGUCCGGCACGCGCAGGCGGCCGGCGCGGCCAUGGUGCUGGUGCGCGACACGCCGGCCGCUGCGCUCACGCACCCGAGCCAGAUCGACUGCGCGCUUGGCAGCGGCGACUACUGCGAAGACAGCGCGACGUGCGUUUCGUCGACGUGUGUCUACUCGCCGCUCCACGACGCCCGGUGCUGCGUCGAGAACGUCUUGAUCGCCAUGACGGGUGACGGCAACGCGUCGACGAGCGACAUUACAAUUCCGAGUGUGUACCUCACCGUCCUCGACGGCGCGCUCGUGCAGGGCUACAUGGAGGCGCACGCCGGCGACACGUUCGUGACGGCCUCGAUCCCGACGACCGAGAGUCCUUGGAACUGGAGCAUGCUGCUUAUCUGGGCGCUCGGCGUCUCGGUCGUCGUGUUUGCGUCGUACCACUCGGCGGCGCGCGAGCGCUUCUACAGCCAGCACGUGGUCGCGACCGCGAUGGAGGUCACGUCGCUUCUGUCGCCGUCGACCACGCACGCAGACGCGUUCGUCGACGUCGGGUCGUACGACGACGAGGGUGACCAGCCAUUGCAGCUCACGGCCAAGCACGCGCUUCUCUUCCUCCUCAUGGGCUCGGCCAUGCUCCUGAUCAUGUACUACGUCCACCUCCUCGUGCUCAUCCAACUCAUCUUUGCGACUGCGUCCUGCUUUUGCGUCACGUACCUCGUGACGUACCCGCUCGCACUGCGCUGCUGCAGCGACUCGCUCCCGACGCUGCUGCUUGCGACGCUCCCGAGCCUCGCGCUCGUCGUUCUCUGGUUCCUUGCGAACAGCCAUCCGCACAUUUGGGUGCUGCAGGACGCCCUUGGCAUCUGUCUUUGCGUGGUGUUUGUCGACUCGAUCCAGCUCCCGAGCUUGCAGAUCGCCACGUACUUGCUCGCAGCCGCCUUCUUCUACGACGUCUUCUUCGUGUACCUCUCGCCCUACGUCUUUGGCUCCAACGUCAUGGUCGACGUCGCCUCUCGCGCCGGCCAAGUCUCGUCCGAGAUCAACGAUUUCUGCACGCGGCACCCCGAAUCGGUCGCGUGUGGGCACGUGACUGUGCCGCUCGUGCUGAGUCUCCCACUGGUGCACUCGAUCUACGGCGGCAGCUCGCUCCUCGGCCUCGGCGACAUUGUGCUGCCGGCCCUCCUCGUCUCGUUUGGGCUGCGCGUCGACUACUGCAGCGGCCGCCCCUUGCGCUUGCGCCACUCGUACUACGUCGUCCUCUGCGUCGCGUACGCCGCCGGGCUCCUCGCCGCCAACGUCAUGUCGAUCGUGCUCCAGCAGUACGUGGCCGGCCAGCCCGCGCUCAUGUACAUUGUGCCGGCCAUGCUCGGCACCAUCUUCGUCCGCGCGAAAGCGUCCGGCGACUUGGACGUGCUCUGGGACGGUCCGGCCUUCAGCCCCUAA